AAUCUCAAGUUUCCAACCACGACACCAGACCCCAAACCCUAACGCCCAAUUCUUCCCCAUAAAUACAGUCAGAGCCCCAAAUUCUUCACAAUCCUCCAAUCCGUAGAUUCCCCACCAGAAAAUGGAGAACUCAACCCAAGAAUCCCAACUCCGAUCUGAAACAUUCGUCACCUAUGAAUCCCCUAACACCCUCUACGCCAUGGCCUUCUCUUCCUCCUCCGCCACCACCCGCCACCGCCGCAUCGCCCUCGGAAGCUUCAUUGAAGAAUACAACAACCGGGUCGAUAUCGUUUCCUUCGAUGAAGAAACCCUUUCAAUCAAAACGAACCCUAACCUCUCUUUCGACCACCCUUACCCACCCACUAAGCUCAUGUUCCAGCCAAACUCAUCCAAUCCCCUCCGCAAGUCCUCUGACGUCCUCGCCUCCUCCGGCGAUUUUCUCCGCCUCUGGGAAGUCCGUGAUAACUCCAUUGAACCCUUAUCUGUCCUCAACAAUAGCAAAAACAGUGAAUUCUGUGCCCCAUUAACCUCUUUUGAUUGGAAUGAGGUCGAAACUCGGAGAAUUGGGACUUCCAGCAUUGACACCACCUGCACAAUUUGGGAUGUUGAAAUAGGUGUAGUUGAAACUCAAUUGAUUGCGCAUGACAAAGAGGUUUAUGAUAUUGCCUGGGGUGAAGCUGGGGUUUUUGCUUCGGUUUCGGCAGAUGGGUCAGUGAGAAUUUUCGAUUUGAGGGAUAAAGAACAUUCGACCAUUAUAUAUGAGAGUCCUCAACCGGACACUCCAUUGCUAAGGUUGUCUUGGAACAAGCAGGAUUUGAGGUACAUGGCAACGAUUUUGAUGGACAGUAAUAAAGUUGUGAUUUUGGAUAUUCGAUCGCCAACUGUGCCGGUGGCGGAGUUGGAGAGACACAAGGCUAGUGUGAAUGCCAUUUCCUGGGCUCCUCAGAGUGUUAGGCAUAUUUGUUCUGCUGGAGAUGACGGGCAGGCCCUCAUCUGGGAGUUGCCUACUGUGGCUGGUCCUAAUGGUAUUGAUCCUAUGUCUAUGUACUCUGCUGGGGCUGAAAUUAAUCAGCUCCAAUGGUCGGCCGCACAGCCUGAUUGGAUUGCCAUUGCAUUUUCGAACAAAAUGCAGCUUCUAAAAGUUUGAGCUCCCAAAAGAUAGCAUGGUGAUGAACAUUUCACCUGUGGCGUUGGUCCACAUUUAUGGUUGCUGGAUAAGCGCUACACUUACCAUAUGGAAAUUGAUACUCGAAUUCUGGUGAGGAAUGUUGCGGUACUCAACUCAGUAGCUGCGGCUAUCUUUUUCAAAUAGUUGUUUCUUCGUUGAUUAGUUGUUGUAUAUUCUCAGCUGUUAGUUAUAUCCACCGUGUUUAGUGCAUAUUUUGAACCUACGCUACAUGAGUAAGCUUUUGUAAUGUGUUGACUACUGCACUGCACUGCACAUUAAUUUCUGGUGCAGUCUAAUAUAUAGCCAUGAUGUUUGCUUUCCUGCUUCUUGUGUUGAAUGCUGUUUUCAUGUGUGGUCAAUCUGUUGUCUAGAAAGUUGGGAUCCAUUAGUUUCAAUUUCCUGCUAUUUUGAGUGAUUCUUAAGAUAAU